GCCAUCAUCAAGACGUAACAGUGCGUCGCUGUCAGUGUUGGAUCAGAUGAACCCUCCAGCGUUAGGGCAGUCAUCUGCCCUGUUCCCAAACCUGGAACCUGCAGGAGGAGGUGGGAAAGCCGCAGUCCUCCUGAGCGGCUCUUCGGGACUCACCAGCUCUGACAUGGAGCUGCAGAAAAUGCUUAUUGAUGAGAGAAUGCGUUGUGAGAACCAUAAGACCAACUAUCAGACUUUGAAAGUGGAGCACACCAGACUGCAGGAUGAAUACACCAGGGCGCAGAGUGAACUGAAACGCCUGCUCAGUGAUCGACAGGUCGCUCAGGAGAAACAGCAGCUGCUGCUGGCGGAGCUCAGAGGAGAACUGCUGGAUAAAACACGUGAGCUGGAGGAGCUCAGACUGCAGGUGCUGACCCCUCAGCGGCUGGAGCUCUUGAAAGCACAGGUGCAGCAGGAGUUGGAGGCUCCCAUCAGAGAACGCUUCAACAAACUCCAGGAGGAAGCAGAGAAUUACAGGUCCGAAUAUAAUAAGCUCCGUUAUGACCUCACUUUCCUCAAGUCAGAGUAUGAUCACCAGAAAGAGGAGCACGCCCGAGUCCUGGAGGAGAGGCGGAUACGGCAUGAAGCUGAUUUGGCCCGACUUGAGCGUGAUAAGGAGGAUCUAGCCGUUCAGCUGCAGAGCGGAGACCCGGCACGGGACGGGAAGCGUGUUGAAGCCCUGCUGAGGGAGAAAGCUCAACUCCACCAGCGGCUCAAAGGACUGGAGGCAGAAGUCACUGAACUCAGGGCGGAGAGAAAUAACUCAGGUGCUCAGGCCGAAAACGUACAGCGGAUCCAGAUCCGACAGCUGGCCGAAUCCCAGGCUGCGGUAAAAGCCCUGGAGGCAGAGAAGCAGUCUAUUCGUAUGCAGUUGGACCGGACCGAAAGUGAACUCCGUCUAUCUCAGGAACAAAACACACUCCUCACAGGCAAACUGCACAAAGCUGAAAGGGAGAUCAACUCGCUCAACAGUCAGAUUGAAGAGAUGAAGCACACGCAUAAGUUGGAGUUGAGUAACGUAAAACUAGAGUGUGUCAGAGCCAAAGGAGAACUAGAAAGAGACAGAGAUACACUGCAUUGCCAAGUAGAAGGUCUACAGUCAGAUAUUGAGGUCUUAAAGUCAGCAUUGGAGAAAAAUAAAGAGUUGAUAUCUGAAAAAGAGCGUGAGAUGGUGCGCAGGGUUCAGGCCGCAAGAGAGGAGGAGAUACACAAGAUGGCCACCCUUCAGGAAGAAAAACUGGAGCUGGAGAAUCGUUUAUCUGAGCUUGAACAGCAGAAAGCUCUUCAGGAGGCAACAGGAAGCUCUCAGAAAGAGGAGUGGGAGGAGCGUCUCCGUGCCGCACAAUUGGGUGAAGAGUCAGUUCGUAAGGAACUGCAAAACCUGAGAGCCAAAGUUCAGCAGCAAGGUCAACAACUGGAAGAGCUUGAGACCGUAAGAGCAGAAAACGCCGACCUGAGACGACAAAACGCUGAGCUGAAUCUACAGAUAGGAACAGUGUCGCACUCAGAGAGUGAGUUGCUGGACACCAACAGCAAGUUGAGAGAAAGUCUGGAGCGACUGAGAGAGGACCUACGCAGCGCUCGCACACAAAUGGAACGGACCCAACAGGAAGCCGAGAGGUUGGUGGAGGAAAGGCGAGUGGAAUGGUUGGAGGAGAAACACAAACUGCAGGAAAGAGAAGCAGAACUAAGGGAGAAAUACAGCCAGGCCAAAGAGCGCCUACAGAGGGCAGCAUUUGCACAGAAAAAGAGAAAAACCAUGACAGAACUGAAAGAAAACAAACUCCAAGACAAGAUUCAGCUCCUGGAAGCCAAGAUAGAAGAACUUGAAAUUGAAGCAAGCACAGCCAGAAAGAAACCCUCAUACUCUGAAGAACAUGCUCAGCUCAGCAAGCGUCUGAAGGAGCUGCAGAGGAGACACAAUGAGUUUCGUCGUUUACUGCUGGGCAACCAGAUGACCUCCUCCACCCCUCUGGCCCAAUCCCUACUCAUCCCAGCAGAGUCCAUCUUCUCAAACAUACAGGAGGAUCAGCACCAGAGGGAGUUGUCUGUGCUGCGGAGACGCUUGGAAGAGUUGGAGAACAGUCAGCAACAGCAGCUGGAGGAGCUGGCUGCUCCUCUGGACAGAGACAGAGAUAGAGAGAGACUCUCAAGCCGGGACGCCCUUCCAGAGCUUUCUUAACCACUACCUGUGUGAUUACAUUCACCAUGUGCCAAAAUCUGAACAUACUGUGACAUUUAAGAGCUGUUUAACAUCCUUUAAAAUGACUCAUGGUGCUUUGCAACAGAAAAGUCAGAGAUGUUUUAGGAAAAAUUGUCGCAUUAUUUAUUAAUUAUUUGUCAGGUUUUUUUUAAGUUUUUUUUUUAACUGCUGGGAGGUGCUUCUAAAGUUUACAUAAAUUGUUGCUUUGUGUUGCAGGGUUUUUGUUGUACAUAUUGAAAAUAAUCCGAAACAUGUUUUAAACCUGAGAAGCCAUGUUUUUUUAUGAGUCCGAAUGUCCCUCUAUAAUAAGAGACAGCGCUUUUUAAAUUUUUUGGACUGUUUGUAAUUUAUAAACUUGAGGCUCAUUUAUCACAACUUUCAGCAUGGCUGACAUAGUUCAUAUGCAGCUGUUAUUAUGAUAAAUAACAAUGAUUUAAUUCUGAUGAACUUGUCUCUAAACGCACUCAAUCUGAAAUGUGUUUUUAAUAAACAAUAUUGUGUCCUCUC